AUGGCUACUCUGCCAAAGACCAUUCCCGGCACGAACGUCGAGCUUCAGCUUCCGGCGUUGCCGACGGCCGAUUUCUGGAAUGAGACUCAAUGGACCGUUCUGAUGUCCCUGCUCGAGGCGGUCCUCCCGUCCAUCUCACGACCAGCGACUCUCUCAGACCCGACGAGCCAGGUCCAAGUGUCCGAUGCCGACUAUGCGGCGGCGCUCCAACUCGCCCAGGACACUAUGAAGAACCCGCCUUCGGAGGAAAAGUUCCAAGAGUAUCUGGCGCACAACCCCGCGAAAGAACCCAAAUUCGUCGAGAGCAUCACCAGGACACUUGCGGCCCUGCCGUCGGGUGCGCAGCGUCAGCUAGGUGGCGCCAUGGGCGCUCUGGGCACUCGCGCCGGCACUCUGUUUCUCACCGGGUACUGGACCCCAGUCCACCUUCAACCGCUAGAUGUUCGUGAGCAGAUUCUCAAAGCUUGGCAGACAUCUAGGAUUCCCACCGUCAGGGUUCUAUCAAAGUCAAUAUGCCUGCUGGCGCAAAAGGCCGCCGUGCAGACCAGCCCUCUCUUCAAGGCGCUGACGGACUAUACCGACAUGCCGGACUUCCAGACGCACGGCGAGGGCUUCGAUUUCAACUUUGAGCAAUUUGAGUCGGCCGGCUCGCCAGCAGUCGUGGAGACCGACAUUGUAAUUGUCGGAUCAGGCUGCGGAGGCGCUGUCGCUGCCAAGGUCCUGGCCGAGGCAGGCUAUAAAGUCCUUAUCGUCGACAAGUCGUACCACUACCCUCCAACUCAGCUCCCCAUGACGCAGGACGCCGGCUGCUCGUUCCUGUAUGAGAACGGAGGCUUCAUCACGAGUGACGACAACUCGCUCAACAUGGUCGCCGGCAGCUGCUGGGGCGGCGGCGGCACCGUCAAUUGGAGCGUCAGUCUCCAGACGCAAGGCUUCGUCCGCAAGGAGUGGUCCGAGCACCGUGGCCUGCCCUUCUUCACCUCACCCCAGUUCCAGAACUGCCUGGACAAGGUCUGCGACUUUAUGGGCGUCAGCGCCGAUAAGGUCCGUCACAACCACCGCAACCAGGUGCUGCUGGACGGGUCCCGGAAGCUCGGGUGGCACGCCGCCACGGCCCCGCAGAACACGGGCGGGACGGAGCACUACUGCGGCCAGUGUCAUCUCGGCUGUGGGUCGACGGAGAAGCAAGGUCCCACCGUGAGCUGGCUGCCGGCGGCGGCGGGCUCCGGGGCCAAGUUCAUUGAGGGCUUUGAGGUUGAAAAAGUGACUUUUGACGAGUCCAACGGGUCCAGGCGAGCCACGGGCGUGGUUGGGAAGUGGGUGUCGAGGGGCGGCGACGGGAGCACCAGCGCGCCUUUGGAGGAGCGGAUCACUCGACAGGUUAUUGUCAAGGCCAAGAAAGUCAUCAUGGCGGCGGGCUCGGUUUCGAGUCCCUUGGUGCUGCUGCGGAGUGGUCUGACGAACCGGCACCUCGGACGCAAUCUCUAUGUCCAUCCCUGCAACUUUGUCGGAGGCUACUGGAAGGAGGACUGCAAGCCAUGGGAGGGCGGUAUCAUUACUAGUUACUGCUCCUCGUUUGAGGACCUCGAUAAGGCUGGCCACGGUGUGAAGCUGGAGCCUACUUGCAUGAUUCCCUACGCCAUCCUGUCCAGCAUGCCCUGGCACUCGGGUCUCCAGGCAAAGCUUAGCGAGCUCCGCUUCCGCCACUUUGGCGCCUUCAUCUCCCUCACCCGCGACCGCGACCCGGGCCGCGUAUACCCGGACCCGAUCUCGGGCCGCCCCCGCAUCGACUAUGUGGUCUCCGAUUUCGACCGCGCAAACACCCUCGAGGGUGUCGUCGCCCUCUGCAAGAUUUGCUACGUCGAGGGCGCGACCGAGAUCCACGCCGGCUUACCCGGGCUCGAACCCUUUGUCAAGGAGGACCACGCCGUGCCCCCGGAGAAGGAGACGGCAACGUCAUCGGCCUCGGACAGCGACGACGAGGCGAUCCUGGACGGCGUCAAUGAUCCCAAGUUUGUCGCGUGGCUGGAUAAGCUGCGCCGGGUGGGCAACGCGCCUCCCGUGGCCAUCUUUUCGUCGGCGCACCAGAUGGGUACGUGCCGUAUGGCGCCGAACGAGGACGAGGGCGUGGUGGGACCGAAGGGACACGUCUGGGGCACGGAGAAUUUGUUUGUUUCGGACGCGAGCGUGUUCCCGAGCGCGAGCGGCGUGAACCCGAUGAUUACGAAUAUGGCGAUUGCGGAUUGGAUUGCGACGAAUGUCGGGAAGGAGAUCAAGGCUGAGUUUGCGUAG